GGUUUGCAGUGGCUGUGUCGAGGGUCCGGUGUCAGGUGCUUCGUUAACGUUUUCGAGGAGCUGUCACAUGAACGAUCUAACGAUCGUGAACGCUGGAGUCUGAAAUAACGAAGAGGCUUUUUCGUGUACCUGGAACCGUAAGAUUGUCAUUCUGCUAAGGUUGAAGUGAGGGGCUGUUUGCCAUGGAGAACUGUGUCCUGGCUGGAAAGAACAACUCUGCGAUUGCAUUCCUGGAGUAUGGAGGGAUUCCGUCCAAUAUCGGCUAUAAUAUCCUCUUCUUUGUGAUUCUAGUGCUGCUUUUUUCAGUUUUCCGGAAGAUAGCAGGAGACUACGGGCGCAUCGCUCUUAUGCAAAAUGGAGAAGAGAGGUUUCUCCGUGGAGAUUCAAGGAGACCACUGAACAAUGGCCAGGAGGGAUCGACCAACGGAUACAAUGUAUGGACCAGCAUGUUUUAUGGUGACCAUAGCAAAGACAGCAAACCGUCUAUCAAUGCCGAUGGCGAGACAACAUCAGGGCAGGUGGAAGAACCACACAACAAAGCACCGGGUUUUCUUGACUGGCUUCCGGCUAUGUUCAAAAUCAAGGACGAGGACAUCAGGUUGAAAUCUGGUGUGGAUGCAGUGCAGUAUCUGCAGUUCCAACGUUAUCUGAUCAUACUGAUCAUCAUCCUGUGUGUACUGUCCAUUGGCGUCAUCUUACCUGUCAACUUCAGUGGAAGCCAGGAACUCGGACCUGAGAAUUUUGGUCGUACCACCAUCAGUAAUAUACCAACAAAUUCAGAUAAGCUCUGGGUGCACACCAUCUUCUGUAUGCUGUUCUUUUUGAUAACUGUGGGUGCUAUGAGGCACUUUUCCACCCAUUUACCGUAUAGAGAGGAGACUGAUAAUAUAUCCAGUACGCUCUUCGUCACUGGCAUACCAUUGGAGAGGACAGAUGCGUCUCUCAUAAAGCAGCAUUUUCAGGAAGCAUAUCCGGAUGUCACUGUCCUGGAUGUGCAGUUUGCCUACGACAUUGCCAAACUCAAAAAACUGGACUUACAGAGACGUGACGCAAGACUGAACCGACUACAUUGUGAGGGCAUUUAUUCCAAGACAGGUGAAAGACCCAAACUGAGACAAGGCACCUGUGGACAGAUCGGCUGCUGUGAUUGUUGUGGAGGUCCCAAGGUGGAUGCCAUCGAUUACUAUAGCAACCGUGAGGAGGACCUAACAAGGCAAGUCAUGGAGGAGAAGGGUCAUGCCCUUAAGAGCAACCUGGGCAUGGCCUUCGUUACAGUUCAAAAUGAGCUCAUGGCUGGCAGGAUUGUCAACGACUAUGCAACACUGAAGACUGGGCCUCCCACAGUAUCCAGUGUCAGUAAGCAACUUCAUUCCACCGUAUGGAGCGUCCACUUUGCCCCCAAGCCUGAUGACAUUGUCUGGGAGAAUUUGUCUGUUGGACCAUUGCUGUGGUGGGGGAGUGUCAUCUUCGUCAACAUUGCCUUAUUUAUUCUAUUGUUCUUCCUGACAACACCAUCUGUCAUCAUGACUAGUCCCGUUGGAAGCAAAAACAUAGAAGAAGCAGUCAAAGAUGUUAAGUCUCCCUUCAUCUCUCAAUUCUUGCCCACCAUUCUGUUGUGGACCUUUGCUGCUCUGCUCCCAAUCCUGGUCAUCUACUCCAGCUACUAUUGUGAGUUCCACUGGACCCGUACCAAGCUCAACCACACCAUCAUGCGCAAGACUUUCAUCUUCCUGAUACUGAUGGUGCUUGUGCUGCCCUCGCUUGGCCUGGCUAGUGCACAAGCAUUGUUUGAAUACUGGAUCCAAGCAAGCACCAAAGAUGUAUCCAUACGUUGGGGCUGCAUCUUCCUGCCAGAGAAUGGCGCUUUCUUUGUCAACUACGUCAUCACUUCGGCAUUCAUCGGGACAGCUCUGGAGCUGAUCCGGUUCCCUGAACUCUUCCUGUAUGGCAUUACCAUGCUGUGGACAAGGUCCAAGGCUGAGAAGAUCACCAAGAGAAGUAGGCUAGCAUAUGAGUUUCAGUAUGGUGUCCAGUACGCCUGGGUCCUCACUACGUUCUCCAUUAUUCUGGUCUACAGUAUCACCUGUCCACUUGUUACACCUGUGGGUCUCCUGUACAUACUCUUUAAGCACAUGGUGGACCGCUACAACAUCUACUUUGCCUACAAGUCAUCGCGCAUUGAUAAGGACAUCCACAACACGGCUAUCAACUUUGUGGUCGUUGCUGGCAUGCUGCUGCAGCUGUCUGUCUUGUUCUUCUCAGUGCUCAGGCUAGGUUCCGUGGAUCCCCGCUCCAUCCUUUUAUCCGUGUUCCUGGUGCUCUGCAUUGGGUUGUACAUCGCCAAAGUCUGCUUCAAUAUCUGGAUGGGAUACAUCCCUCCGGCUUAUGAUGAGUUCACCAAUGUGGAAGAUCAAGCCCCACCUGCAGAAGAUGACGUCAAGCAUUUCAUUCCGGAUGUGUUACAAGAAGGUGACGAUACAGUAGAACACAAAGAAGGAGGGGCCGCACUGGGCAGCCAUGCCCCCAAGCAGGCUUAUGGCACAAUGGAUGGACAGGUUGGGGACCGCAUACGCUAUGGUCACCGAGAUACACCGGACACCUCAGACGAAGAAUGAGCAUGCUCAGUCUGGCCAGUGAUAUUAAGAAACGGUGCCAUCAUCAGUGCAUAGAACCAACUUAAAUAUGGCUUUGGGCUGAGCAAAUCUGAGAAUGUUUAGAUUGGUUUUGUACCUGAACAAAUCAAUUUAUUUGGAGAUAACCAAAAAGACCGUUAUGAAUUGUACUUUAAAUUCUGAAGUUGAACAAAGUGGUCACAAUUGUGGAAGUGGUCAGCAGGUUGCGGUUCGGGAUUAUUGUACAGCAACGUCAUGGGAAUUCAAAAGAUGAAUGUUGAUAAUCAGACUGGAAUUGUGACACAGGGCAAAUCGUUGCCAGAUGUACUCCCACGGCAUCUGAGGCUUCCUAAACAAAGUGAUUGUGUGGAAGGUUUCUUGUUUCUUUCAAGAAAAUGCAAACGUUAUUAUUGAAGAUGUCAUUUGGAGGGUCUCCAGAGAAGUUUAGAAUAAGUUUGGAUAGAUUUGUAUUUGGAAAAAAAUGUAGACGUGGGGUUAUAUUAGAUUUAAGGUUUUGUUUGUAGUCAAUUUUUUUAUUGUAAGGUCAGUUCCCAUAAUAAAGAUACUAAAAAGGCCACAAUUUUAUUUGCAGUUCCAACAUAUAUUAAGGGCAUUUGAAAUUGAACUGUCAGUUUUUGCCAGAAAGUGAAAAGUCAGAUUAAAAGUGAUACAAAGUGAAAGAUAUUCUCUACUUCGUACUUUUCACUGCAGGCUUCUAGCAGUGGACCUGUCAAGGAUAUUAAUGCCGAGUGUACUUGAAACUGAAAUCCCAAUUUACAAUUUUGCCCAAGUGAGAAUCGAACCCAGGUCACAUAGAUUGAAGGCGAGGUUGAUGUAAGUGUAACUAUGCCAAACUGGAUCCCACUGCAGGUGGUGACCAGAAGACUGUAUCAGCAAAAUACAUAUACUUGUUUGUCAAAUCUGAUGGACACUGAUGUUUAAAUAGAUUAUUCCACAUGAAGAAAAAGGUCAUCCCAUCUUUAUAUCUUAAUUAUCCACAAGGUGCAAGUGGGGGGGGGCACGUUGGUUUAUCCUAAUCGGAUUCCAGUGGCUGCUGCACAGAAUUUCAAUAGUUAAGGGAUUGUGCACAUUCUGUUGUCAAAUUGAGAGCUUGGCAUAUGGAGAGACCAAGCUGGUCAGUUGAAUAAUCCAUUAAAGACACAGGAAGUAAGGCCCAGUUAAGAGAGACUGUGAUGCUAUAGUGUAAUUGAACUUGACUUAUUGGCAACACGAUCAGAAAAAGUAGAGAAGGUUUUCUGCUGGGAUGACCGUGACUGACGGACCUACUGGAGCUCAAGUGCAGCUAUUUAGUGUUGAAAAUAAAUUAAGCGAAACGGUGAGAGCACUAGAAAAUGGGCCAUCUCCAUAAUCAUUAAUUUUAAACAGCGAGAUUAGGAUGUUUAUGUCAGUGUAAGGAGAGACACCAGUUUCUUGGACAUUAACAUGUCAUUCUUUCAUCUUUUUAGGCAGUUCAGCAGGCACUAGAAGCUUUUUCUAAUCAAUUCCCCCCCCCGAAUAAAAUCUGUUUGAAGGUGAACUUCGUGUAUAACCUUUUCUACUGUUUUUCUUAAAUUCAAAAAUUAAAAAAAAUGUUGACAUAUUGACUCAUGAAUGAAAUAGUUUAGUCACCUUGUUUUCAUCAGAGCCUCCUGUUACUAUACCUGCGCUCAUGAUAUUGGGAAGUGUUAGUGGUUGACUGCAUAAUAUUCUGUGUAGCAGUUGUGUAAUCUUAACUGAAUGUGUACAUAUGUGUAUGUAGCAGAUAAUCUUAAAUGUCGAAUAUGCACAUAUCAAAUAUUCCAUGCAUAUAUUACAAUAAAACUAAAUUUUCUGAUCAGUUCUCAACUUGUAACUACAGAAGCCUCUUAGGAUGAGCUAUUUUAUGCAUAUACACAAUCUUCAGAGUGAGGCAUAUAUUCUUUAACUAUUGACCCCUCCUCAUGUGUAAUAGGCCUGACAGUAGACUUACCCCAGUGAGGGUCACCAGCAUUGGUUAGGAAUAACUUUGCUCCUUUAAUGUUGAUGGCACGCGUGUAGUCUUAAUUUAUGCAGAAUUGGCCGUGCUUUUUUUUACAAGAUAAUUUUUAUGCGAUCUGUUGAGUGGAAGUGCUAUUGUAUUUUGUGUUAUGUUAUGUUAUGAUAUAGUAGUCAAAGUGACGUGUUUACCAGUACUUACUGUUGCAUAGAAAAUCAGUCUAUUCAUUCAGAUUUUGAAAUGUCAUCAUUAAUACGUGUAUGUGCAAUAUAUAGGUGAAUUUGUUAAACCCAGGUAAUGAUGUGCAUUAACGCAAGUUUGUGUGGUUUGUUGAUAUUUUAUUGAAAAGACUUACCAGUGCAGCGGCCCGGCUGCUGUUGCUGAAUGCUGAUGUGUAUUUAUGUGAGCCACGCCGGCCACUGUGAAGAAUGGUGUGCGAAUCGGCCAUCAUGGCCAUCUCGCAUUCCCCGGCGGCUAUACCAGGCAUGUUGUAAUGUGUGAGCCGUCACGACUGAAUGAGCGUGAAGGCCAAAAUUGAAGGGUAGGCCAGUUGUUGGUUUUUGGAUAGAGUAACCUUUCCAUUUAAUUCUGAAUUUUUUAGCUGGAUUAGAUAUUUCAAAUAGUCAUUUUUUAACCAGUUUUGACGAUUACAUUGUUCGUGCUUGGUCGAAAAUGUUGAAACAAUGCCGGAAAACAAAGACGCAAAGCCGCCGGAAUAACGUCACAUUGUGUCACCUUAAGUUACCCUGAGUGUUAUUUACCAUUGGAAAGCUUUUUUUUGUAGAAUUUUAAAAAAUACCAAUAUUCAAAUUUUCAAAAUUCCUACUUUCAGCUUAGUUUGUUGGUGACAGGUCACAUGACUGGCGAAAUGGCUACCAUGGCCGUCUUGCAUGCCUUGACCGUUUGAUUGUGGCAGCACGGUGACCAGUUGUGUUCACCACGCCUUCAUUGCCUAUCAUGUUUGUGUCCCGGCCAAAUCGGCCACUGUACACAGAACGCGAUGCAUGCAUUUUACAUUGUCCCAGUAAACCUUUAUUUCCUACUGUUUUCUAGACUAAGUCCGCUGUUAGUGAUCAAAUAAUAAAAACGCCACUUUAUCAUGGAUAACGGUACAAGCUCCAAGGCAGAUAUUCUGAAGGUUAAUCACAGAGAGAUGUACGGAAGUGUUCUAUUUGAUUUAUUCUUCAUAAUGCAUAAGCUGACUUUAAGUAUAGAUUCCCUGCUAUAUCGAGAAGGUAAAUUUUCCAUAUAUACCGGAAAAUAAUAUUUGACAAUAAGAUUUACGUCUAAGAAUUUGUUUGCAUUUAAUAAAUUGGGCUUUAUAAACGGUUUUCAUCAUACAUAAUACUGUGAGGGCUACAUGCUUCGCGCAGCCUGUAACAUUCACUCGGUGUUCUCUUGGUUAUCAGAUUAUCGACAACUGUUUAUCGUGCAGUCUAUCAAUAUAGCACCCGCAUAAUUAUUAAUGAUGCAUUCCACAUGAUACCUAGGAGAAAAGCUUGUGCGAGUGAAGAGACGUGGUGUACUCUUCAGUAAAAUGUCGUGCGCCGGAAAAAGACAGGUACCGUGCGUGUAAUCAGAUCCAAUUUUCGUAUUUGCAUUGCCAUUAUUGUAUGUCAGUGCUUGUUUUCACUUAAGCAUGCGCUCGAAAGUUAUUAGGUAAUUCCAGGUCGUCAGUCUUUCUAACUGUGUAUAGAAGUCUCAUAGGUUUAAGAGUAGAGUGUAAUUUUUGGUACUUUUUGUCGGCUAGUUGGUAAGCCGAAAGCCCAUAUGUUCUGAAAUAAUGCAGGACUGUAAUAUUUGUAAUGUGUAGUUAAUUGUUAGUGUUGAAACGAACUCAUUUGAAAUGUUUACCAAAAGCUGUCCUGGAUUCUUACAUUAUACUACAUUGUACGUGCCGACUGGUCGAUGCAUUGCUUGUGGGCAUAGGGCAAACAUAUUAUGUUGAGAUGUGUGCGUGUGAUUUCAAGCACUCAUCGUUUAUUUGUCGACAUGGUAAACGAUACACCGAAUACUACAUGAUACUAUCCCGUCGGUCAAAGUGUAUAAUGGUUAUUAACCGUCAUUAAUUGGACUGUGUGUCUACAAAAUCUGCUGUGUACAAAUCACAGUCCACUUUUCCCCAUUGGCUAUUCUGUUUAUGAACUUCUACAAAAUAGUAGACACAGUAUUAUUUUGUUAUGAAUUUCGUGCUUAAAAAUUCCACCUUCUUCCCUCGUCCCACCUCAAUUACGUAAAGCUGCCUUAAAAAGGAAGAACACAAAAUACCAAAGGUUCGCAAAUUAAUUGUUUAAAGGUAGUUGUUGCUAAAUUCCGGAAGUUAUUCCAGAACAUUCCAGUCUUGUCUGAGGUAGUGUUUCUGCUACAGAAAUAAACUGAGUAUUGGCCGUAAAAGAG